AUGCAACAACAACAUCUACUUCACCUCCAACUACAGCUGCUCCAACAACAGUGGGACCAACUACGUCAGGAUCGACAACUAAAUCGACAGUUGCUGUUAUGUAUCCAAAAGAUUUGUUAUGCUGUGGUAUUGUACGCUGCAUUUGUCAAAUUCGCCAAUACGUUUAAUCCAAUGAACAUCAAUGCCAAACAAAGACACAAACUUCGAUUGCAACGCAUUUUAGAACCUAGAGAAGCUUUUGAAUUACUUCGUCACCAUUGA